CUCACCUGCGCCGGCCCGCAGGUGAGCCGCCAUGUUGCGGCCCUGAGCGCAGCCGGGAUGUGGUGCGGCGAGGCGGCGGCGGCCGGCGGCGGCUUCUUCCUUCUGCGGGGGAUCCUGCUGCUGCUCGGCGUCUGCAAUGUUCUUUCUGUGGAAAUUAAAGUCAGUCCUAAAGUGCGAGCUUUUGUGGGUGAACAAGUAACGCUAAAAUGCUCAUUCAAAUCCAGUUCUCCCAUCACUGAAAGCCUGACAAUAGACUGGACAUACCGGCCUGUCACAAGUGGUCAGAUGGAGACAAUUUUUCAUUAUCAGUCUGUUCCAUACCUAACAACAGUGGGAAAGUUCAAAGACAGGAUAUCCUGGGUUGGCAACGUUGCCAAGGGUGAUGCUUCCAUUGCUAUCCAAAGCCCAGUGAUGACUGACAAUGGGACGUUCAUCUGCAGCGUGAGGAAUCCUCCAGACGUGUACCAUAACAUUCCCCAGAUAAUGCUGAUCGUUGUGGAGAGAGGUCUUUCCUUCCAGCUAACGUCGGCGACGCUGCUGUCCAUUUUAGUAUUUCUCCCUUCCGCCAUUGUGGUCGUUCUGCUGUUGGUAAGGAUGGGAAGAAAAUUUGGAGCGCUAAAGGAGAAAAAAAAAUCUGGCUGUAAGAAAUCCUCCAUCGAAGUGUCUGAUGAACCCGAACAUACAGAGACAGACAACUGCUUGGGGAAACUCAGAAACUGGUGUCUGAAGUGUGUGGACACGGAUGAGGAAGACCCAUACUGAUGACGAAAGACCAAAGCUAUGGAUAAAGAAGAAAAUUACAGCACUGAAAAUCACGGCUAGAUAGGUAUGAAGGCUGCUGGAUAACCAGUACAGACUGAAGGACCUGCUCUAAUCCUGGUAGAUUGGAAGAAUAAUGCCAAUGGGAUAACUCACUUCUAUUUAAGAACAAAAUACUGAUUUUUGAAAUCUUUCUAAUUUAUUGGGGAAAAAGAAUAAUGUCUUAACCUCAUUUCUCCAGUGCCUACAGAUACCUCAGUGCCUACAGCUGUACAGCCUGUUUCCUACCAGCACUCUGGCAAUGCAUGUUCCUUAGUUUACUUGCAAAUUUGUUUCCUUUAUUAUUGGUGACGUCCCUCUUUUCCUGCGCCCUUGAAUUCGAAUUGCUUAAAGCACAGGCCACUGCAGAGCGACCUCGACUCUCUAAGGUGAUCAUCAUUGGGCACCGACAAUGUUUUCUUCUCACUUUUUUUUGGAACUUAUUUGCAAAGGACUUGAAACAGUUUAAUUAAGUUGGUAUAUGGCAUCCUUUGUCUUGGAGCGAAAGGAACCUACUGCUUUUUUAACUGUUUUUUGGUUUAAUCUGCCACUUAAUUACAGGGUCACCAUUUUGUUCCUACUGUUUUCUGAUUCCAUUUUUAAGUCACCAACUGCACAGUAGUGUUGCCUUACAUUGUUGAGUUUUGUCUUCCCUUUAUUUUUAUUAUUUGUCCAGCAGCUGCAUUAUUAGGUACAUCUCCUUCUACUUGUAGAAGUGAAGCACAAAUCAUAUAGAACUACUUUUUUAAAAAUCAGAAAUGCAAAUGGGGGCUCUGUAUCUGGGGAAACACAACCCCAUCUACCUCAGCCAUUGACUCAAGCAGUGUCCAAAGGAAUGUUCUGUGUUCAGAAGAACAGUCGUGUUCCUCCUCUCUUCUUCUAUGCACGAUUUUAGGAAAAUAACUAAACAUUCAUCAUUACUGCCUGGUAAGAAAGAGUACUUCCUCUUUCACCAAUAAUGGAUGGCAGAGAGUCCUCAAGACCUAGGUACUGAGGUCUGCUCAAUACCUAAAUAGCUGCUGUUUUCUGCUGCCUUUCUGGAUGUGCCAAUGGUCACAUAGCCUCCUUUUACACGUGUGUUAUAAGUUUACCAUUGACUUUAAUGUGCCAUUACCAAUAAACUGCUUUC